ACCUGGCACAAUGACUACGUACGAGGAGUUUAUUCAGCAAAAUGAAGACCGCGAUGGAAUUCGUUUUACGUGGAAUGUGUGGCCUUCGAGCCGUAUUGACUCGACCCGUCUGGUCGUUCCUCUCGGCUGUCUCUACCAGCCACUGAAGGAACGUCCCGAACUUCCUCCGGUUCUGUACGAUCCGGUGGUAUGUACCCGGGCGACGUGUCGGGCGAUACUGAAUCCCCUCUGCCAAGUAGACUACCGGGCCAAGUUGUGGGUGUGCAACUUUUGCUUCCAGCGCAACCCAUUUCCGCCGCAGUAUGCUGCCAUCUCAGAAGCGCAUCAACCGGCGGAGCUGAUUGCCGGAUUCAGCACAAUUGAGUACACCAUCACUCGCGCUCCAUGCAUGCCACCUGUAUUCCUGUUCGUCGUAGAUACCUGCAUGGACGAAGAGGAACUAGGCGCACUCAAGGAUUCGCUGCAGAUGUCAUUGAGCUUGCUGCCGGCCAACGCCCUCGUAGGGUUGAUAACAUUCGGAAAGAUGGUACAGGUGCACGAGCUCGGCACUGAAGGUUGCUCGAAAAGCUACGUGUUUCGUGGAACUAAGGAUUUGAACGCCAAGCAGAUUCAGGACAUGUUGGGCAUUGGCCGUGGUCCUGGACCGCAGCAAGCGGCACAGCAACAGCAACAGCAGGCGAUGCGCGGUGGAGUACCUCCUGCUCCUCCCGCGAAUCGGUUCCUUCAGCCCCUUCACAAGUGCGACAUGGCGCUCACUGACCUGCUUGGAGAGUUGCAGCGCGACCCGUGGCCGGUACCGCAGGGAAAACGGUACCUCCGAUCGACAGGAGCCGCCCUCUCGAUUGCCGUGGGUCUACUGGAAUGCACUUACCCUAACACCGGGGCCCGUAUUAUGCUGUUCGUCGGUGGACCGUGCUCGCAGGGUCCCGGUCAGGUGGUGGACGAUGAGCUGAAGCAUCCGAUCCGUUCUCACCACGACAUCCAGAAGGAUAAUGCUAAGUUCAUGAAGAAAGCAAUCAAACACUACGAGGGUCUCGCAUUCCGCACGGCCACAAACGGUCACUGCAUCGACAUAUACUCGUGUGCGCUCGACCAAACGGGUUUGAUGGAGAUGAAACAGUGCUGUAAUUCGACUGGGGGCCACAUGGUGAUGGGCGAUUCUUUCAAUUCAUCGUUGUUUAAGCAAACAUACCAGCGCGUUUUCGCGGCGGACCAGAAAAAUGAGCUGAAAAUGGCAUUCAACGGCACGCUAGAGAUUAAGUGUUCGCGUGAACUCAAAAUCGAGGGCGGCAUUGGGUCAUGCGUUUCGCUGAAUGUCAAGAAUGCAGCAGUGUCGGACACGGAGAUCGGCAUGGGCAACACUGUCCAGUGGAAGCUGUGCACCAUGAGCCCGAAUACGACCAUGGCCUUCUUCUUCGAGGUAGCGAAUCAACAUGCCGCCCCGAUACCGCAGGGUGGUCGUGGAUGCCUGCAGUUCAUAACGCAAUACCAGCAUUCCAGCGGACAGCGGCGCAUCCGUGUAACUACCGUUGCGCGCAGCUGGGCGGACGCGACGGCUAAUCUGCACAUGAUUAGCGCCGGUUUCGAUCAAGAGGCUGCGGCCGUCCUUAUGUCACGCAUGGUCGUGUACCGGGCCGAGUCUGACGAAGGACCGGACACGUUGCGUUGGGUCGAUCGCCAGUUGAUUCGUCUUUGUCAAAAGUUCGGCGAGUACGGCAAGGACGAUCCUAACAGUUUCCGCCUGGCGGAAAACUUCUCACUCUUCCCGCAGUUCAUGUAUCACUUGCGUCGAUCGCAAUUCCUGCAAGUGUUCAACAACAGUCCGGACGAGACAACCUUCUACCGGCACAUGCUGAUGCGCGAGGAUCUUACACAGUCCCUAAUCAUGAUCCAACCGAUCCUCUACUCGUACUCGUUCAAUGGGCCACCCGAACCGGUUCUGCUGGACACUUCCUCCAUUCAGCCGGAUCGUAUCCUGCUGAUGGACACGUUCUUCCAGAUUCUCAUCUUCCACGGUGAGACGAUAGCGCAGUGGCGCAAGGACAAGUACCAGGACAUGCCAGAGUAUCAGAACUUCAAGGAGCUCCUGCAAGCCCCGGUGGACGAUGCGCAAGAGAUCCUACAGACGCGAUUCCCGAUGCCGCGCUACAUCGACACGGAGCAGGGUGGUUCGCAGGCGCGCUUCCUGCUUUCCAAGGUUAACCCUUCGCAAACCCACAACAACAUGUAUGCCUACGGUCAGGAUGGAGGAGCCCCCGUGCUUACGGAUGAUGUUUCGUUGCAAGUGUUCAUGGAACAUUUGAAGAAAUUAGCCGUAUCGUCGACCACGUAAAGCUGUGGCAAUAAAACAGUGCAUAGAUGACGUUUCGGAGCCGAAGAAGGGAGGUGGCUGAAGGAAGGCGCCUCGUUGAUGAGGUUCAAUCAAACUUUAAAUUGGAUUCUCCCCGCAACAGAUGAAGAAGCUCGAUCGAUCGUAUCUCUCCCAGGAUGAUAGCUACACGUUUCUCGGUUACAUCAGCAGUAAGAACGACAGCAGGAGUAGCGGUUGAAUUCGUACUAACCACAAUUUAUAUCAUAUGAUCAAUUCGAUUUAUUUUUAUUCUUGAUUGGAUGUAGGCAGGAAUUUAUGAGAAGUUUAUGAUUUGUAUUAAACACAAUAGUAUGUCUGGCUUGCACUCGUAGCCUAAUCAAAUAUAAAAUUAUAUUGUUUAAGUAGCUUGCAAAAAGGUUUGAAACAUGUAAAGUAUAACUAUCAGUGUUAACAAAUAAAAAAAACACGUGUCAAUGAAAAAGCUAAGGCUAAUUUGACUGGGGUGGAUGCUUUGGAAAUCAUAUUAAGCAAUUGUUUAAUAUUCAAUAAAUUCAAUUUUCUUAUUUACGGGUCA